GGCAUCAAUGGGCGCGCCUGUGGUCGCCGCCGUCGUUGCGGCGACGCUCAGCGUCGUCGUGCUCGGCCAAACUGGCCGGGCCACGGGCAAGCCCGACAAACGUGUCGAGGCACUCAACCUCUCGAAUGCGUUUUCGUGCGCCGGCGGCCCGACCCUCUGUCCAGACACAGGUACGUUCAAGUCGGCGGGCGGCAACCUCACCGUCACAGUCAUCGAGAUGCGCAAUUUGCCCAACCUCGACGGCUUUGGCGCCGCGGGCGGACUCACAGACGCCUUUAUCCGAGUCGCAUUUGGCUCAAAUUCGCGCGACUCGUCGUUCGUCCGCAACAACCUCAACCCGAGCUGGGCGCCGUGUCGGACAUUGGGGUGCCUCGGGUACAAAGACACCAUCCGCGACCUCUCGUUUGGGUACCGGUACGCGGGCGAAGGGUUCACGCUUCAAGCUUGGGACAAGGACGACGGCCUCGAGUUUGCCGACGACUUUAUUGGUGGCCUCAACCUCAACGUCAUUUAUUGUACAGCACUGACGGCAUACAAGCAAAAGACACCGAACGCUGGCAUGGACUCGUCGUUUGCGAUGCCACUGCAGCCAGUUUGUGUCGAAGAGGUUUGGCUGCCACUCGCGCCUGGGGAGUGCAUUGUCAACGGCACCUUGAGUACAACGCUCCCGUGCCUUCGCCUGCGCCAAACCGUCGUGCCCUUCCAAGUGCAAAUCGAAGAGACAUAUGCAACGACGCGUGUCGCCACGAUGGCCAUGGGUCUGGGCGGCUACUAUGGCGACGCCACGUCGACGAUCUAUGGCCGUGUCUGGACACCGGGGAACCAGCGACUUCAGCCGUACUACAAAAUGGCCAAAUCCCAAGGUGGUGUCCUCGUCCGCAUGGACAACAACCCGGGCAUGAACAACGACUACGGCAACGCGUCGCUAGCAGGACAGUAUGGGUUCCCGCCCCUCGGACGCUUCAGCAUCAACUUUCCGUCGGCCAUGUACGUGUUUCGACGGCAAACCGACGUCGACGCCGACAAAAAGUACGGGACGCUCUCGUGGCUCACGUCCGAGUUUGGUUACGUGGACGCAGAAGAGUCGGCGCAGAUUGUCAACAUCGCCGACGACUUUGUCGCUAUGACGCGCAACGUGUCGGCGACGCCCGUAAACAUGUACGGCGACGCGCUGGGCGGCGGUAUCGUCGUCGGACCCAACAUCCAGGCGUCCAACCGUGACAUUACGCUCUCCAUGUACUUUAUCGUGCUCGUACCGAACGAAGGCUUCUUUGACCUCGAGCCGAUCUACUCGAAAGAGUUUAGCCAAACCGCGUUCUUCCUCUCGGCGCUGCAGUUUGGCAUUGCGUUUGCGGUCCUCCUCUUCAUGUCCGUGCGCUACUGCAAGAAGAUGCAUUUCCGCCUCGACCGCGUCCAGGCGUACUUGGCCGAGAUCGCAAGCGAAGUCAUCGAGCGCGAGGACGACGAUACAAGUGGCGACGCUACAAAGCCUACCAAGAAAAUCAAGAAGCCCCCACCGUCCGUCGUCUCUCUUCUCUUCCUCUGCUACAACGACGGCAUUGCCACAGACGACGAGGCCAACGCCACCUUUCGACGCCACCUCUACUAUGCACAGAUCGCCGUCAACGUGUGCGUUGCGUCGCCGUUCUUUGUUCUCUGGACGUGGGGCUUCACGGCCAUUUCGACCGUGCAGCCACCGGCCGUGGGCUUUUUCCUCAUUUUUAUUGGCUCUGGCGUCCUUGUCGGCUACUACGGCUUGCGCAAGUGGACGCAAAUGGGCUGGCGCAUGACCAAGGAGGUGCGCGUGACCUUAGGCCUCGCGUGCAUUUGUGGUUUCCUCUUCCUUUUUUCGUCCAUCUUUGCCGACCCCAAAGUGUUUCUCGGCGGCGCCAACGUCGACUUUUUCUCGCUCACAGCGUUCUUUCUCUCGCUCAAUAUGAUGCCAAUGAUAUGGCUCGUGUUUACGAACGACGACCAGUUGAGCAAAUCCCUCGCGCAAGUCCUCGCGGUCGUCACGAUUUCAAAAAAGCACACGAGCGCGCUGAAAAAAGCCACCGCCAAGCACCUCGGGGACGCGUCCGUCAAGCUCGCCGCUGCCUCGGACGCACUCAAGCACGACCGCGGCGUCAAGCCACUCUCGGCCUUUGACGCGCUUCUCGGUGCCCAUUAUUCGGUCGCCCGCACCAUCCCCGGGUUUGAGCUCGCGGAUAUCCUCCAAAACGCCUUUGUGACGCCGCCCGAGCACCAAAAGCGCACUAAUCGUCGCUGCUAUGCCCUCGCCCUCGGCAUUCUUCUCAUUUACACCAUCGUGGCCGUCUUCCGGAGCGCCUACCCGACCCAAGGCAUCGGAAUCUUUUUUACGAUCUUCAUCCUUGACGCCACGUUCCUUCUUGUGUGGCGGGGCCAGCUCUCGUGGUCCGCAGGGUACAUUUCGCUGCUGCUUGGGCUCUGUCGUGUCGCUCUCGUCGUCUCGUGCGGCACGUACUGGCUCCUCGGACAAACCAUGGCAUUUUCGAUCAUCGGAUCGGCGCUCUGUCGGGAGAUCAUUGGCCGCAACCUUCCUCGCAUGGGCGCGCGCGAAGCCGGCGGGAUCACGUUCUUUGGCCACGACGGCUCUAAGCCGCCGCUGCUGGAUUUGAGUGCGACACCCGAGUUUGGUCUUGGGUUUCUAUCGUUCUUCUUCUUGUUCUUGCUCGUCGGCGUUGCGUUCACGGCAACGACGACGGUGACGCUGCCGAUAAUCGGGCAGCGCUGGCCGCUCUACGUCUUUGGUGUCCUUGCGUUCGUGCUCGUGCUCUUCUCAGGCCUCGUACUCGCGUCGUCGCGCGCGUUCUACUUGAUGAAGCAGCACCUCCUCUCGGAGCACGGCGCCAACGUGUACUUGGGUGUCCCAGGCUUCAAGCUGCCGUUCGUUCUCGCAGCGGGCUCGGAGCUGCUGGUCGUGUGCUCGGGGCUUUUCCUCUUUGCAGCGACGCAAUCGACGUUUGUCCUUUUGACAUCGGUGUUUUUACCCGUUCUUCUCAUGCUUGGCACGGUGGUGUGGGCGCAGUGGCGCCGAAACGACCACCGACUCGUCGUGUGGCCACCCGAAGACGGCGACGACGACGACAUGGACGACGAUGCGUUCGAUGAGGAAGCCGAGUUUGCAAAGGAGGCGGACGCACUCCGGUCGGCGUUUGUGCUGCCGUCGCUCCAAGCGUCGGCGCCCGGCACCGAGUUCAAAAUGCCACCAUUGCCCGUACUCAAAGGCAGUGCGCUUCUGGGACUCGGCGGUGCCGCUUCGUCAGUCUUGCAACUCGCGGGCCAGACCGCUGAGAGCAGCAAACCAGAUGACGAUGACAAGAACAACCAAAAGACAUCUGGCGUCGACGAUGAUGACGAGCUGGAGGCUGCGGCCAAGGAAGCCGAUAUCGCUGAUACCCCGCCAGUCCCUGCUGCUGUCGAUGAAGAUGGAAACCCAACGAUGCGUGAUAUCGAGAUCCUCGACGCGCCGCCAGCGCCGAGCACGACUACGGUCGUGGCGCCGCCGCGCCAGUCGUGCUGUGCGCGGCUUCGGACCUCCAUAGCCAACGCCCGCAGCUUUUUGGCUCACCCAUGGAAAAAGUACUCGGUUGUGCCCACGGCCGAGGUCGACUUUGAAAAAAUGAGCGUCAUCGACGCCUACCGGGGCGGCUACUUGUUGGAAGACGAGUACCAGACGCUGCACUGCUUUGCUGGCCUACUCGGCGGUAUCUUCCUCUACGGAUUCUGCGCCACGUUCACGGAAGCACCGCCGUGGAUUGGCGAGGCCAUCUGGGUCGGGUCGUAUAUUGUCAUCUUCUCCGUAUCGCCCGUCUUCAAGUGGUACCAUGUUGUUGAGAUCACGUCGGACAUUCGCGCUAGUGCCCGUUUCUCGUACGGACUCGCGUGGGUCUUGGGUAUCGCGCUCUUUGUGGAUGUGCUCGAGCUCGACGUCAACGACGUGCAGUCGCUCUGGAUCCUCGUGGUCCUUAUUUUCUACCCGCUCACACUGCUCUUCAUCGUCGCUGUCUUCAAGUGGCACGAUGAUAAUUGGGUGCUCUCGCCGUUUGUGCGAUCAGCUCUCAUCACGUGCGCGGGUUGGUCCGUCCUCUUCCUUUUUAUCAUGUUCAUCUGGGCAUCGAUCCCGAUCGGCGGCGCCUUUGCAUUCCUCAUGACAACGUUCAGCGUUGUCGUCUAUUUUCUACUGCAGUGGGUCCGGAACGACUACUACCUCGCCCCCCUCGCGCAGCGCCGCGCCAAUCAGCUUGUCGUGGGCACGGCCGUGUUCUUUAUCGCGCUCGCACUCUUCUUUGGCGUCAACUUGUUUUACUGCUUCUCGAUUAGCAUCAUUGUCAUUUUGCUCAAACUUGGCGUCAACGGCGUCGCGAUCAAGCUCUGCCGUGAGCCCGACCUCCAAAUCUUCUACUCGCCCUAUGUGUUUCCGAUAUUUUCGUACAAUGCGACGACCAACAACGUCAACAACGAAAACCAGGAGGCCGCCAACGUCUACAAGGCGCUCGGCGUCGUCUUUGCGUGGGGCUGCGUCGGUGUUAUGUUUACGGACCCACUCGGCUUUGGUAUUGGCCUUUGCUCGCUCGCGCUUCUCGCGUUCGUCGGGUUCACCGCACACCUGUGCUCGAUCACGCCCGUACGCAUGGGCCUUGCGACCAAGUACGUCCACGAAGCGAUUCUGCACGAAGCAGCGACCGUCGCCAAAGAGGUAUUUGCCGACCGCCGACGACCCCUCGUGCUCGAGUCGGACGAGUUCCUCGAGCGCGAGAAAAAAGAAAAGGAAGCCGAGCUCGAGUACCAGCGACUAUCGUACGGCAAGCAAAAAUCGGCGCAGCUUGCUGCCGCAAUGGCCGCCGAAGCCAAUGCGGCGCCACCCACUCGGCUCUCAGCUGCCGACAAUGCCCUCACGAUCCACGAGACGCUGUGGCAGUGCAGUCACCGUGUUACGACCAAGGGCCGCACCAUACGCCGCCGAGACGCGCUCUUUACGCUGCGUGAGAUCCUCGUCGAUGUGCUUCGUGAUGGCAAAGGGCCAUUCGGCUACAUUGGCCUGUUUGGGUACGCGUACAAGGCGUAUGUACAUACCAAAGCCCACCGAUAUACGCAGCGGGUGUUGCGCCUCCUGCCCGACCGCAAACGUCUCAAUCUGCGCCGACCGAUCCCAAUGCCAUUCGCGGCCACGGCGUCCGAGGAGCACGAGAUUGUCUUGCCGCCCUUAGCGGGCGAUGACGACGACGACGUGGAGGCACCUGGGACAGAAGACACGUUGUCGCUAUUGCGGUCACUGCCGGGUCGGGACGUGGCGCUCGAUGCCGAGUUUUUCGAAGAGACGCGCUGUAUCAUUCACUUUCAGCUUCUCCUUCUUAACGCUGCCGAUGCGCGCUUGAGCCGCGAACGUGUCUUGUUUCAGAAGUUUUUACGCGAGAACCGGUUCAAACUCAUGUCCAACGGAAUCAACCCGCCGGCCGAUAUUUUCAAGACGUCGUCGCACGCGUCGAUCGACAUUCCGCUCGUGGCCACGUGGCUCAUGUCGUUGACGCCCGAAGAGCGCGCGCGCUUCCACGCGCUAAAAGCCGCCUUUUCGCAGGAGAUGGACCGCAAGGACGCCGUGAUUGACGCCGAAGACGCUGCGGCGCGGGCCCGCGAAGCCGACGUACGCAGCUACUGGUCGCCCCACGAAGCCAACAUGUGCCGCAAGAUGUACGAGGAGAGCGUCGCACGGCGCACUCGGCGCGAGAACGAAGGCAUUGCCGUCGAGACCGGUGUGCCCGAGGCCAUCAUCAACGCGCGCGAGGCCCUCGCAGAGAUCGAGUCGGGCUACGCGUGCAUUGUCGGGCAGUUUGGCCGGUCUCUGCAGUUUGUGGAUCCGGAAUUUCCGCCGGCAUACGCGUCGCUGGCCGGGUGCAUCAAUGAAGCUGAGAUCGUCGACUGGCGCGUCUCGACGGGUAUCAACAUCACUGCCGGUCUCUUUGACGGCGGGACGGACCCGGACGACGUGCGGUUUGGGCGACUCCACGACGGGUGGUUCCUCAGCGCUGUGAGCAUCAUUGCCGCGUCCGACGGUGUCGACGACGGCAAGGUGGACGCACUCAUCGACAACUUGUUCAUUACAAAGCAAACGUCGCUCACGGGCGCGUACGCGAUCCGGUUUUUCAAAAACUCGCAGUGGGAAACCGUCAUUGUCGACGACUACUUUCCAGUCCUCGACGACACGCACAAAAUGGACAUCAGUGGCGGCGCGGCCUUUGCCCACAGUGCGCACUUUGAAGAGCUCUGGGUGCCUCUUCUUGAGAAGGCAUACGCGAAAUACCACGGUGGGUACGCAGCGCUCGAGACCGGCUUUGUGCAUCACGCGCUACGGGACCUCACGGGAUUUGCGUCCGACGAGGUGUUUUUGGCCCAAGCGUCCCGCGGCGCGCGAAAAAAGACGCUCUGGAAGCAGCUUCUCUCGCACAAGCGCAAUCGAUUUCUGCUGGGCGCUGGUACCAUCUCGAGCGAUAACGCCGACCACGAGAUCCUCGACACGGGCCUCGUCUUUGGUGCGUGCUACGUCAUAUACGACGUGCGUGAGAUUGACGGCCACGAGCUCGUCAAGCUUCGGAAUCCACCCGGCGACCAUCCCGAGUGGCGCGGGGACUGGGGCGACGAUUCGCCGCUUUGGACGCGCCGCCUCAAAAAGCAUCUCGGCAUCCGACCGGACGCCAACGACAAUACGUUUUGGAUGAGCUUUGACGACUUUUGCAACGCGUUCCGGUGCCUCUACAUCUGCAAGUACUACGACCCCGCGAAAUGGCUCACGCAAACGUUUCAUGGCAACUGGUCGGUCAAGGCAGACACGGCCGGCGGCCUCCCGACGCGCCACAACCCCGACGGCGCUGUUGCAGCCAACCCGCAUUUUGCGUUGUCGGUCUCGCGCCCAACAGAGGUGAUCCUAACGAUCACGCAAAUCGACGAGAAAGGACUCGCGCCAGUGACUGUGCUCCCUAUCGCAGUCUAUAUCGUGGCCGGCGCAAUGGGCGACCGCGCCAGCCGUGUCAAAGAACUGACGCGCGACGUUGUCAUCGAGCACAGCGGCCAGCCCGUCCGUGAGCGCCAACUCGUUUUGCGUUGCAACCUAGCGGCACGUACGUACACUGUGCUCGUGGCCGCCUACAAGGCGGGAAUGGAGGGCCCGUUCCAAAUGUCGCUUCAAACCAAUUAUGCGGUCGGUGUCGACCAGAUCUGGCCCGCCGUGUGGCGUGAGCCCAAGAAUCUGAACGCGGUCGAGAAGAUGGCGCUUCGGGUCAAGGACGCUGUCGUCGACUCGAGUGCGGUGGCCAAGCUCGCCGAAACUACGACAAAGUACAAAAACAAGAUCGUCGCGGGCGUCAACGACGUGCUCGAGGACGACGAGGACGACUUACACGAGCUCGAGGAGGCCAAAGUCGCCGAGGAGAAGGCCACCAAGAAGAACCCAUGGGUCGAACAGUGGGACGACGCGCAAAACAAGCCCUUUUACUACAACAAGGAGACGGGCGUCUCGCAAUGGACGAUCCCGCCCGACAUGUAAAGUCCGUAAUAUGAGAAGAAUUCGUGA